GCACACUAUAAAUGAACCCCAAAGUCCACAAGACAGGAUGUACACCGCCAUCACCAUGCUGGCAUCUCGCGCUCGACGAACAUGUGUCCGUCGGUCUUUCUCCAUCCUUGGCGGCAUGUCUGACGAUUUGCUCAUCAGCAUGAACAUGGGGCAUUCCAUUGGAGGCACUUCGCAAGCGACAUUGGUCGACAGUCUCAUCAACGCCGGUGUGCUGGUGACCCCUCGUGUUCAAGACGCCUUCCGCAGUCUGGAUCGAGGCCAAUUCGUCUUCCCCGGCCACAAUCCAAGCGACAUUUACGCCAAUCGUCCGUUGAAGAUCGGCACCAUCGCGACGAUUUCUACGCCCCAGCAACAUGCGCAGGUCAUUGAACUUCUGGCUGCGCACCUUCAACCUGGCCAUCGCGCCAUCGACGUGGGCUGCGGGUCUGGCUACUUGGCCGCCGUCAUGGCGACCCUCGUAGGUCCGACCGGCCACGUCACUGGCGUCGACAUCGUGCCGUCGUUGGUCGAGUUCUCCACAGCGAACGUGACAAAGGCCGGCGUGGCAUGCAACUUUACGUGGACCACCAGCAGUGGGAAGGAGAUCUUGGCUCCGACGGCGUCCUUCGACGGCAUCCACGUCGGCGUGGCCGUGGAAUCCAUGGACCAAGUCGAUGCGUUGGCGACCCAUUUGAAUCCUGGCGGCGCCCUCGUCGUGCCUCUGGGAUAUGCUGCGUCAGAACAAUUGCUGCUCAAGGUACGACGCCUUGAAAGCGUAGUAUGAAAAUAGUGAAUGAACGUGUUUGCAUGUACAGGUGGUGAAACACCCCGACGGAACGAUCAUCAAGGAGCGGGUCAUGAGUGUGCUAUGCCAACCUCUGCUGGACCAAGCCCCAGCGCCGCUGCCCGUGCCCGAAACGCGGGCGGACAAGGUGGCCCGACUGCAGGCGGCAUUGGAAGCAUGGAAGGUGUCCUUCGUCACGACCCACGGCCGCGCGCCGACGCGAGAGGACAUUCUGCAGGACGACAUUGCCCGUCGACUGUUUGCAGACUUUGCCGCCACGAGAAAGUAAAGCUUACAAAUAUACUGUACUAACGUUAGGGAGAUUUCGGAGAUGAG